AAUGAGCAGCAGAGAGAGAACUAUGAGGAGCCACCUGCGACGUCAACGGAAAUUAUGGAGCCUUUCAUGGAAGAGGAGGAGUUUAGAAAUCAAAAGAAACCAAAAAGGAAAAGAGGAAACCAAAGGAAGAACGAGGAGAACAACUCCUCUGCCUCUCAGGAUGCCGAAUUUCCUGAACAACUGGCUUUAUACUCAGACCAAGAUGAAUGUCUUGCCUGGGGGAGAAUGUGCAAAUGCAAAUCACAAUUAAACACACACUUCAGUGUUCCCAUGGGAGAGAGACCAUACAAAUGCAUGGGAUGUGUGAAGAGCUUCAAUCAGAGUGAUAGUCUACGUUCACAUCAAAGGACCCACACAGGAGAGAAACCAUAUAAAUGCAUGGAAUGUGAGAAGAGCGUCAGUGACAGUGGAAAUCUAUGUAAACAUCAAAGGACCAACACAGGGGAGAAACCCUAUAAAUGCAUGGAAUGUGGGAAGAGCUUCAGCAACAGUGGAACUCUACGUUUACAUCAAAGAACUCACACCGGGGAGAAACCAUAUAAAUGUGUAGAAUGUGGGAAGAGUUUCAUUGAAAGUGGAAAAUUACGUUCACAUCAAAGAUCCCACACAGGGGAGAAACCCUAUAAAUGCAUGGAAUGUGGAAAGAGCUUCAGUCAGAGUGGAACUCUCAGUUCUCAUCAGAAGACCCACACAGGAGAGAAACCCUAUAAAUGCAUGGAAUGUGGGAAGAGCUUCAACAACAGCGGAACUCUAUACAGACAUCAAAAAACUCACACAGGGGAGAAGCCAUACAAAUGCAUGGAAUGCGGGAAGAGCUUCAGUCAGAGUGGACAUCUAUGUUCACAUCAAAGAACCCACACAGGGGAGAAACCAUAUAAAUGCAUGGAAUGUGGGAAGAGCUUCAGUGAGAGUGGAAGUCUACAUACACAUCAAAGAACCCACACAACAGAGAAACCAUAUAAAUGCAUGGAAUGUGAGAAGAGCUUCAGUAACCGUAGAAAUCUACGUUUACAUCAAAGAUCCCACACAGGGGAGAAGCCAUACAAGUGCAUGGAAUGUGGGAAGAGCUUCAGUCAGAGUGGAAGU